UGCAGAGAUAGCUGAGAAACCUGGACAAACAGAGACAGAAUUUCAGUCCCGAAACCCAGCAUCGCUAUGGGAAUUACACCUUUCUUCCAAAACGAAGCUCUUAUCCCAUACAAUCUCAAACCCGUUCAUUUCGUGACACUGACUUUAAAAAACUGGCGUUUGAAGAAGUAACCAGCAUUAGAUUAGGUUAGAAAUUGGCAAGUACUGUAAUGUGGUGGUCCUCUUGAUGCAGAGAUGUGCCACCUAUCAAAUGAAAAGCAUUCUUAGCUCAGUUCUGGGAAUGGGCCUAUUUUGAGCUAUUUUAAUAAUAUUGGAAAAUGCCUGGGAAAAUGUCAGUGAUCUGUAUGCCUCUGACGCUGCUGUUCGCUCUCGUUGGUGACGUCUCUGCCCAGGCCGUGACUCCCAGCACUGCCACAAAGUCCCUCUCCGCCCAUCAGUACCACCACACAGACCCACUCACAGGCGGGCAGCUGGUCUGCGACAAGUGCCCCGCGGGCACCUAUGUGUCAAAGCACUGCACCCAGGCCAGCGUGCGCGAGUGCAGCCGCUGCCACAACGGCACGUACACGCGGAGCGAGAACGGGGUCCAGCAGUGCCACCGCUGCAAGCCGCCUUGCCGGGCACCCUUCGUGGAGGAGGUCCCGUGCACGGCCACGUCGGACCGCCUGUGCGCCUGUCCCGCCGGCACCUUCGCCGACAAGGGCACCUGCAGACACCACACCCAGUGCCCCAAGGGCUGGGGCGUGAAGAAGAGGGGCAGCAAGGUGGAGGACAUCAAGUGCCGGCAGUGCCCGCACGGCACCUUCUCGGACACGCCCUCCAGCCUGCUGAAGUGCAGAACUCACACGAACUGCACCGCCCUGGGCCUGGCCUUCAUAACUGCGGGGACAAGGGAGAAGGACAACACCUGCGGCCCCUGGCACGCCGAUGCCUCCCUGACCCCAGCGCUUCCUGUGCUCGCCCAGGCUUCCUCAGCUGUCAUGACGCACAAAGACACUGUCAACUUGACAUCAGAUGUUCAGGAUUUAGGGUUAACCCUGAGCAGUAGGGGAACUCUACCGAGUGACACAGACACCAGCACAGUGAGCUCAACCUCUGCAAAGACUGGAAAGAACAACGUGGCCACCGUAGCCACGAAGCCCGGGCCCACUGCCCCCCCAGGGAAACACCACAAGCACCUCCGGGACCGCCAAAGCCAGCAGUUGGCCACCAAGCGGGCCAUGGACACCCUGGCAGAGGGGAAAGCUCAGAGCCCCGGGUACAGGCCCACCCGUCGGGGGUCUCCCAGGCCCAGCACGCACAAGCACUUUGACAUCAAUGAGCACCUGCCCUGGAUGAUCGUGCUGCUCCUGCUGCUGGUGCUGGUGGUGAUCGUGGUGUGCAGUGUGAAGAGAAGCUCGCGGGUGUUGAAGAAGGGCCCGCGCCAGGAUCCCAGCAGCAUCAUGGAGAAGGCCAUCCAGAAGAAGCCCUCCACCCCAGCACAGGUCAAAGAGAAGUGGAUCUACUACUCCAAUGGCCAGGGUGUGGAUAUCCUCAAGCUGGUCUCUGCCCAGAUUGGUAGUCAGUGGAUCGAUAUGUACCAGUCCCUGGCGAAUGCCACAGAGAGAGAGGUGGCAGCCUUCUCCAACGGGUACACAGCUGACCAUGAGCGAGCCUAUGCUGCGCUGCAGCACUGGACAAUCCGCGACAGCGACGCCAACCUCGCCAAGCUCAUUAACGCCCUGCAUCGGCAGCGCCGCAUCGAUGUGGUGGAGAAGAUCCGCGGCGUGAUGGAAGACAAUCCUCAGUUUGAUCUGAACCAGCUGAUGACCUCUGUGAAUGUAACCCAAUGCCUCAGCCCCAGCCUCAAGCCCUUAGAGUCCCCAGGCGUGGUGCUGGAGCAGUCUCCGGUGGACCGGACCAAGGGCUUCUUCGCCGACGAGUCUGAGCCUCUGCUACGCUGUGACUCCACCUCCAGCAAAGACUCCGCUCUCAGCAGAACUGGCUCUUUCAUUACCAAAGAAAAGAAGGACACAGUUCUGCGUCAGGUCCGGCUGGACCCCUGUGACCUGCAACCCAUCUUUGACGACAUGCUGCACAUCCUGAAUCCAGAGGAGCUGCACGUGAUUGAGGAGAUCCCCAUGGCUGAAGACAAGCUGGACAGACUGUUCGAGAUCGCUGGAGUUAAGAGCCAGGAGGCCAGCCAGACGCUCCUGGAUUCUGUCUACAGUCACCUGCCAGACCUGCUGUAAUGACACAGCCAGGGGGCGCUCUCUUCAUUCCCCUCCCAUGUGCUGACCAGGUGGGGGAGAGAGGCUCCAUGGAGGGCCAGGAGCCCCCAACAGCUGCCUCACCACUGUGCACAUUCAAACGCCGCUUGCAACUGCAUCAAUGUAGCAUUGAAAAAAGCAUUCUCUUACAUUUUGGAGCUUCUUGUUUGUGUGUUUUCCGUCAGACAAUGUCAGCCGUCAUGUCAUAUAAUACAUCCACACACACAAGCACGCACACACAUACAUAUUAUGCAGGCACGCACAAAGCGCACAC